AUGCGAUGCGCGAGCAAGGCCGCCGAGAGCGCGUCUGCACGUCUCUGCGCUCGUCAUGGAGACACUCAAGUCUUUACAGAGUAUGAGCUCGGUGUCUCAUACUCUCCCGAUACGGAAGAGGGAUCCGUAUCGACGGCGAUCGAAUCCAAGCCGCCUGCCAAGCGUGGUAUGGAUGAUGCUACGCGUCGCAGCAUCUUUGGUUCAUCUGAUUCAUCAGAUGAACCAACGCCAAAGCGAAGGCGCUCGAGAUCGCAAGACUCGGGCGCUCACAGUGGUGUCGGUUCUCCUAUUGACACCACUUCGCAUCGAGGUACCAGUACUUCUGUCGGCACGUCUCAAGAAGAGCGGGUCUGCAACGUGUUUGGUAUCGCUCUCGAAAAGAAGGCAUGGAUGCCUCCAAAAUCCGUCAUGGAUCACUUGUCGGUGACGACGAGUGAUCGUUAUCGAACACGAUUGUUCGAUUCAUCGAGGAUCCAUCACCUUGACCCUAGUGCGAAGAACUAUCGCGCUGAGAAUGAAUUCUUCAUCGAUGCUUUCUUUAGACAUCGAUGGUACAGUGGGAGUCACAAACGUGAUGGUCUCUCACUGCUUCAAGCGUAG